AUUAAAGUAUACAUAAUCUACAAUGGAAAUGAAAUGAAAUGGGGUUUAACAUCCUACUGUUCUGUUCCGACUGGGCUAAUGAAGACAGGCAUAUGCCAUGCAGUGUGCUAUGAGGGAAAUUUUGCCCAGGCAGCAGCACUAUGGACUACUCUUAUAUCGAAUUCCAACUGCCAAGUGAUCUUUUACGUGCACGCCAAUGUGUACCCUGGACCUUGGUUUUUUGUCCUAUCCGAAUGACUAGACAGCUGUUCUUGUCAGGCCCUCCAUCCUGCAACACUGACAAGGGGAAACCAAGUUGGAAAAUCCUGAUGAACUUCUCAGCCAAUGCAGGGAUCGAACAUGUGACCUCCAGGCUAGCGAGCCAACGUCUUACCAGUACAACUUGUCAGAUCUUAAUGUAGUGUUGACCAUCGAAAGUAUAAAUAAACGAAACGAAAUAUAGAUCUGUAUUUUAAUCAGAUUGGUAUCAUUCUAUAGCCCAGUUAGAGCAGAACAGUAGGACGUUAAACCCCAUUUCAUUUCAUUUAUGAUAAAUAUUUUGUCUCUGGUAUUUUAGAAGGAACAGCUUAAACAGUGUUGGUGGUAUACCCUCAUUGAACUUCAUUUGAAUGAAGUUGCCUACAUAAAGUUGACCAAUUUGAUUUGAAAAAGAAAUAAUGUUUUUCACCAAGUUUGUUUUAAAGACACGUCUAUCAUUUUCUGUAAUACGCAGCAUAUCAAACAGUGUGUUAAAUCAAGGAACGAUAUAUUCAUUAUCAUCUGGUCAUGGUAAAUGUGGAGUAGCAGUUAUUCGUGUCUCCGGACCACAAACAUCAAAUGCAGUACAAAAGUUAAGUCAGGCCAAAAGUCUACCAGUUCCCCGUAAAUCACAUCUUAUGAAAUUCUAUAAUCCAGUGUCAUUAGAAGCCAUUGAUAAAGGAUUAUUGCUAUGGUUUCCUGGUCCAAGAAGUUUCACAGGAGAAGAUUGUGCAGAGUUUCAAGUACAUGGUGGUCCUGCUGUUGUCAUGGCAAUGUAUGAAGCCCUGUCAACAAUACAAGGAUUACGGACAGCAGAAGCUGGUGAAUUUACAAAAAGAGCAUUUAUGAAUAACAAAUUAGAUUUAACAGAAGUUGAUGGAUUAGCUGAUUUAAUACAUGCUGAAACAGAGGCUCAACGUAAACAAGCUUUACGUCAGAUGGAUGGAGAUCUUAGUCGACUUUAUAUGAACUGGAGAAAACGUCUAAUCAAGUGUGCUGCCAAUGUGGAAGCUUAUAUUGACUUCAGUGAAGAGGAGAAUAUUGAACAUGAUGUUAUUGAUAAUGUAAAUGAAGAAACAUCGAAGCUAUGUGGUGAAAUAGAAAGUCAUUUAGAAGAUAAUAGAAGAGGACAGCGAUUAAGAUCUGGUGUUAAUGUGGCUAUAAUAGGUCAACCUAAUGUUGGUAAAAGCAGCUUACUCAAUAUAUUAUGUCAGAGACCAGCUGCUAUAGUAUCACCUAUAGCUGGUACUACUCGAGAUAUUGUAGAGUCAGCUGUUAAUAUAGGUGGUUAUCCAGUAUUAUUAUCUGAUACAGCUGGUCUACGUAUAGGUCAAGAUGAAAUAGAGAAAGAAGGAAUCAGGAGAGCAAUUCAAAGAGCUCAGCAAGCAGAUAUUAAAGUCAUAGUUCUUGAUGUGACCAAGUUUCAAUUUAAAAAAGAUUUGAAGACGUUUAUUAAUCAACAUCUGCUAGAACUAGGAAUUACAGAAAGAUGUUCAGAAUCUGUUCAAAGUGAUAUAAAAUACAAUAGCAACACUCCUUAUGCUGAGCCAGAGAUAGAUCUGUCAGAUGUUUUAGUAGUGUUUAAUAAAAUAGAUUUAAUCAAUCAUGAAUAUAUGAUAAAAGAACUUAGUAAUAAUAUGUUAGACUUGAGUGUACAAGUUUCUUGUGUUACAGAGGAUGGUGUAGAACAAUUUCUGGAAAAACUGACUAAUAGAAUCAAAAACUUGUGUGGAAAUCCGCUAGCAGGUAAUCCAAGUUUAACACAAGCUAGAUACAGAUCACAUUUACACAAAUGUAUACAAUUUUUACAUUCUUACUUUAUACAAAUUAAGCAGCAAGAUAUAGUAUUAGCGGCUCAUCAGCUUCAUUUAGCUUUACGAGAAAUUGGGAAAAUUACUGGAAAAAUCUCCUCUGAAGAUAUUAUUGAUGUAGUGUUUCGAGAUUUUUGUAUUGGGAAAUAAAUAAUAUUUAUAUUAA